GAUCUGCUACUAUACUGAUUAGUUACGUUACUUUAGCGGUAGACGACAGUACGUGGAGUCCAAAGCACUACUACAGUGGAGUAGUAGAUCGACAGAUCGAUGGGGCGGUCCACAUCCGACUAGGAUACUCGCUCUUAACUAAUCAGCCCGACUGAUCCGCUUAAAAACCCAACUAAAUUACUCCCACAGACGCAUCUCUCCUCCGCCCUGAACAAACCCAUUUGAAAACUACCCCGACUCCACUUUGCCAGCCUACAAGACCUCCCCGCUCCUCCACCCCGCCCUCCCUCCCUCCCUCCCCGGGUCCGUCCGUCACGCCACGGUCACCACCGCGCCCAAGUCCAGCUAGGGACGGCAAUGCGCAAGGCAGCGGCGAGGAGCGAGCCAUGAGGUGCCGGACGCACCCCUACGAGAGCGCGGUCGGCGUGUGCGCCGCCUGCCUCCGCGGCCGCCUGCUCGCGCUCGCCGCCGCGCAGAACCAGGCGCCCUCGCUGCCCCCGACGCCGCCGCCGCCGGAACCGGUCCCGCUCUUCCCGAGGUCGGUGUCGCCCUACGUCUGCCCCCGGAAGUCCGAUGCCGCCUCGGGGCCCGGGCCGGGGGCGUGGCGCCAUCCGUCCAGCCGCCUCUUCUUCCGGACGCCCCAGGUCGGGCCCGGCACCGGCUUCGAGGAGGGCGACAUCGGGUUCCAGAUCAGGCGGCGCCGGAGCGGCAAGCUCUCCGCCCUCGCCGCGCUCUUCGGGGGUCACCGCCACCACCAGCACGACGGAUCGGAGGAGAAGGGCGCCGAUGGCGGAAAGGAGAGGAAGCACGGAUCUUGGCUCGCGGGGAUCAUGCCGCGCGCGCGCGGGCGCCGGAAGGAGGAGCCGGCCGCGGAGUCGCCGCGGCCCCCGCGGCGGCGCUCCUCCCUCGCGAUCAGCAACCGGGGGCUCUCGCCAGUGCGGUGCUCGUACGAGGACAGCGAGGAGGGCGGCUCGGUGGCGGACUCGCCGUGGCGGCCGUCGCCGAUGCGGAAGACGCCCUGCCGCCGCCUCCUGGGCGGCGCCGGGGCCGGCGUGUCGGGGUUCGCGGUGUGCAUCAGCCCGCUCGUCCGCCCCAGCCCGGCGCGGAACCACCACCGCGCCCCCCCGGACGCCCCCGCCCUGUCCGGCGAGCUCCGGCCGUCGCCGCUGCACCAUCCCCCCUCCGGCUCCUCGCUCCACCACUGCCGCUCCUGGAAGCUGGCCGACGGCGGCCGCUUCCGGUGAGACCAACCACCGUCCCGCCCCGCAUAUUCCGAUCGUCCGUCCCAGAUUCCGCAGAGGCCAUUUUUUUCCGGGGCUUCCCCCCUUUAGCUUUACUUGUAAACUGGAGAAGGAAUUUGGUGCCCGGAUAGGGGCUCCGCUCCGCUGACAUGUGGGCGACUGUAUUGGCGCCUGUCAGCUGAGCAUGCUGUAAAAAAGCUUCAUGUGCCUGUGUAUACUAGCAGUUCAUUUAUUUGCGUGUCAGGUUAUCACAGUA